GUGUACACACUUCUUUGUUGUGUAGCAGGCUUAGUAUUACUUACAGCUAUUAAUUAGCUCAACAGUUUAUUAUGCAGUGUAUUGUCAUGUAUGGCCAUCAGGUGACAUUCAGAACAGCUAACGACCAUAAACCAAAGUCUGGAAACAAUGGCUAGUGCCGUGCGUAAUACUGCGGACAUUCUAAAACAUGUUUUUACGAAGAGAGCAGUGUUUACCCACAGCCCAUAGCCCGCAUGACAGUUACUGAAUUGCAUGUUUUGAUGGGUUGAGUACACUACCUGAGUAUUUUUAGCCGUCUAACAGUUUCUGGAAUUGAAAUCUAAGCUGGUUUUCCAUGUGAUGAAUUAAUGUAGUAGGGCGACACAGCAUAGUCUACUCAAGAUCGCGAACAAUAGACCUGGGUCAUUCCAAAAGUACUGCCAACUGUUGUGCAUUACGUCAUUGGCAGAAGCUAAACCACGUGUGUGCCUAGCAUCUCGAGAUCAUCUGCUUAUGCACUUGCCUUAUGCUUUGGGCGCUUAAUCUAUUAUCCGCGGGAUUCAAUUAUGUGGGUCUUCUGGCCACCCCUUCUGUCAAAUUUUUAAUAGUGUGCCAAGUAGUAGGACAACUUUGUUUUCAUUCUAAGCCAGAGUGAAUCCAGUUGCAGCGCUGUAACAAGGUUUAGUUCAUCCGAAGGCAGCAACUUUCUCUUUUCCUGUGACUACAUCACAGUGGGUAAACACAGCAUACAAGCUGUAGUACAGACAUACAGUUAACUCUUUGGUGGGGUAUUAUUGUGCACCAGAAAUGUCGGCAGAUACAAUCGUAUUUUCUGUUUUCUGUUAGUAUUAUAUUUUUAAUCUCGCAUUCAGGAAAUUUCAUUUAAUUAUAACAAGGAAGGUUUUUUUUUUUUUAAUCGUCUGCAUACGCGUGCUCUCUUGUGGAGUCAGAUGUUUUGUUGUGCCUGUUUUCACGCGCGAGACUGGACUUAACAAACAGCUGGUAAACCCUGCCUUGGGCUUACACCCAUCAGCUCACAUAGGGAGUUCUACUGAGUUUCCUAACUGGGCACUAGAGAUUUUCUGAGAGGAACAUUGGAGGUUUCAUAAUGCUCACCCAGCCCUUUUUUCUGUGGCUCAUCACUCGAACUUCACAAACUCGAAGCGUGCCCUCGGACCUCUAAACUGUAAGGCAAACGGACAAGAUGAUGGCAGUGUCGGCACCUAUUUGGAAGGCUUUACUCGCCUGCCCGGCAGAACCCCUCGCUCUCUCUCACCCACAGGCUAACCACAGCCAAUCGGAGGGACGCAGGGGGGAGGGGCCUGAGGAGAGCCAGCACUUAAUUGGUGAUGGUCUCACUGACUGGAUGACGGAAGAAGUGGAUUUCUCCUCUUACCUCCCAACCCCUCACUCCUCACCCUCCCCAAAUGCCUCCCUUCCCCCCUCACCCCUCCAACAUGACAUCCAGGUGCCCUCGGAUUUGGAGGUCAUGACCUCUCUGCUGCAAGAAGAGCUCGCUCAACUAGAGGAUUACUUCCUGUCCGACCCACUUCCUGAGAAAGCCUCGAAACUGGGCAAAUGUGACAAGGGUCCGACGCCAGUGGGGCCCCCAUCAUACUACCAGUUGCCCUAUGCGUCAUACGCCACCUCAAACCAACCGGAAUCCGGCCCACUUCUUGUUACCCUAGCAACUGGGGAACUCGACCUGCUGAGCUUUUGUGGCAGCCCAAUAGGCCGAUCCAAGAUCCCGAGACACGCCCCAUACAGUUGCAGUCGCCCCAACAACAACAACAACAAUGGCUGCGGCCGAAAGCGAGUUUCCGACGGGCUAAGGGUGGGCGAGGGCUACGAGAAUAGCAUCUGGAAUUCCAAAGGAAAUAGCUCAGGUAACCCAGCGGUGGCACUUAGUGGCAGUAGUUACAGCUGUGUGGAAGAUGAGAGGGUGGUGGGCAAAGGCUACUGCCUGGGCAGUGCGGUUGAGAUCAGAAGGUGCGCCAUUUUACCAAAGGAAGAGAAAAAUUGCCGUUAUACAGAGGAAACCAUGGGUGGAGGCAAACUUAUUGGCAAUGGGUAUAGCUUCAAUGGGCCUCUUGAAGGCCCACAUAAGAAAGAAGAGAUGUUGAUGUAUGGCGUAAGGGAAGUUACCAUUAGUGGUAUAGGCGUAAGCAAUGAAGUAGCAAUGAUGAGUGAAAGCAAAGGCAGUGGUGAAGUUGCAAAGGCCAACAACAUCCCUUGGAAGUCAGAGUCCAGUGAUGGAUGCUUCCUCCAGGGCUCAACCCAAAUGGAGGCCUACCACAGCUUCCUAGGUGCUAUGAGUGAACCACUGAAAGCAGAAGGCAUGCCAAUGGGGCAUCGCCAACAUAGCGAAUUCCACUGUGGCUUUUUAGAGGGACAGGGGUCCGAGUGUUUGGUUGGGGACAGGCAGGGAUCCGACAUGGGAUCGCCAGGCCCAAGGGUGGUUUGUGGGCUGAAGGAGGACUCAUGCUCUCUGAAGUCUGAACUAGACGACCUACCAAUGGAAGUGCAUCACGGAGAACGCAGGCAGAAGAAGCGGGACCAGAACAAGACAGCUGCUCAUAGAUACCGCCAGAGGAAGCGAGCAGAACUGGACUGCUUGGAGGAACAGCUGCACGGCCUGGAAGGAAAGAACCGUGAACUCCGAGACAAGGCGGAGUCGGUGGAGCGUGAGAUCCAGUAUGUCAAAGAUCUCCUGAUCGAGGUGUACAAGGCCCGCAGCCAGCGCCUUAAACAGGAGGCCAGCGCUUGAACCCCUGCACCAAACCCCUGAUGCCAAGCGCCUGUUAACCGAAGCCCCUGCAAGUAGAUCCGAGAGCGUUAUAACAGGGAAUACGAUUUGAGUUAGAAUGUUUUCAAGAGCGUUGAAUGUUUUUUUCUAAGAAAAGGGAUAGGGGUUUUGCACGUUAUUAGUGUUUGUUAUUUUUAUUUUUAAUUUUGUUGUUACAAACUGACAAAUUCCACCAGCUGCAGCACAAAUUCCCCUAUGAGCUCCGCUUGAACUCCCAACUAAGUCAGCACUGUGAUCCUGUCAUGUCUUAGGUGACAAUCAGCUUUCCGCAUCCAUGGGUAUCCUCUCUCCAAGACUACCAAUUAAAGCGGGUCAUUGUUUUAUAUAUAUAUAUAUGAUCAAUUUUAAUUUAGUCUUAAGAAUAGCACAUAUACUUUGGUUAGCAAAGGUGAUGAAAACCACCUACUGUUUUUGUUUUUAAUGUUUGAUUGAGUUAUGAGCUGAACUAUAAAAAGGAUGUGCACUAAGCAAGAAAGGAAGUUCUUGUCCAUGAUAUAUGUUCCAAAAUUGUAUUCCCUCAGGAAAAUGAGCUAAACGAAGUUUUAUUCCCUACUAAGUAAGUUCUGCAGCUCAGGUUUAUACAUGUCCAAAGGUCUGGAGGUAUGUCAGUUUGUAACUUGUGUGUGCUACAAGCUCUAUGUGUGUUGGUCAUUUUUUUCCUCUCCUCUGCAUGGCAAAGACUUCAUGGCUUCUCAUGUAUUUUUUGUUUUCUUGUUCCUGAGACUGUAUAGCACACCACCAGUGCACAAGUUCAGAGUGCUAAGUCCCUCAUUUCCAGCAAGGAAAAUGCCAGUGUCUCACUCCUUGCCCAGUCAUUUCAUGUAACAGUGAUGUGAAUGGGUAUUUUAAUUCACAAACUACUGCUUGGCCCAAUGUCACUGCUGUAUUUGCGAGAACAAUCAGGGUUUGUGAUUUUAUAAGGCUCGAAUGCUCUGAUUUCUAUCUUUGAAUUGUUUCUUGAGUGAGAGAAAAAAAGACAUUUAUAGUUAUACAGCUUUUUAUAUUUUUCACUAGAGUGUUUGUGUAGCAUUUGAUGUCCAUACAUACAGCAUAGGAUGCCAUGUCUCUGCUUUUAGCAAUAUUUCAUCAACAUUUAAAUCAAUGUUAUGGUUUUGAAAACUGAUUAUUUUUAAGUCAGGUAAAUGAGUUCAGUUGAACAGAAUAAGUGGGCAUGAGGACACAAAUGCCUGAACUACUGAAAUGUGAAUCUUUAUUUAUGAGUUGUUUAUUAUUUUAGUUCAUGCACCUUAAAUGAUAUAGCAAUAGAGGCCAAUGUUUCCUUUCCAUAAUUUGUAUUUCUUCUAUAGGCUACAGAUUAUUGAAGACAGAUAUUUUACAGUUUGGCGAUAUACAAUCAUGUUUAUGAAAUAUAGCUAACAGUGCAAUGUGAUUUCUGUCAUUUUUGUGGUUUAGAUGUGUGUUUCAAUUAUGGGGCUACACGCAGUUGAGCUUUCACUAUUUUGAUAUUUUACACCAGCUGAAAUACCAACAGUAGCCAUUUUGUAGGAGACAUGUCGAUGUGUCAUCAUAUUUGCUUUGUGCUUCAUGUCAUUCCUCUUACCCAAAUAAAGUGAUUUGUGACCGCAGUAA